ACUCCAGAGUUUCUAGAAUGAAACGUCCACCUCGAAGAAUAAAUGACAUAACUCCUGAAGAGACAACACUCCCCUUCAAAGCAUUCAUCUCCCACGUGUUCGCCACCCUGAGUCAUUUAAAAAUCUCCAAAAACUCCAAUUCCUCAUCAUUAAUCAAUCUAAUCGACACCUGUGCAACAACUUGUUUAAUUACUCUCAAUUUUCUCCUGAUUAUUUCGGAAGCUAUGGACGUUAAAAAUAGUUAUGAUUUACCAAGUUUCGCUGUACGGUUGAAUCCCAUUCUUUUUCACUGCCAGGGAUUCAUUAAGUGGACCUAUUGUUUAACCCAUUACGUGGAAAUCCAGGAGAUCAUCGAUAGCAUGGAAAUAUGCCAUGAAAUGUGUCAAAAGAUUGACAGGAAUGACAAAGGUACCAGUCGUUACGAAAUCAAAAUGGCGGAUUGUCAAAAAAAUUCAGUUGCAUUCGUAAAUGUAUGGAUGAUGGUAUGUGUAUUUGGUGUAGUGCAAUGGUGUGCAAAUCCCAUAAUUUAUGAUUUAUAUGAUGAUUUGUACGGAGUGAAAAAUAUUAAUUCAACUUUUACGAGGCAUUUGCCUUAUCCGGGUAUUUUUCCCUGGGCUGUUAAUGGAUUUAAGAUGUACCUAAUUACGUUUACGUUUCAAUUCGUUGGUGGCAUUGGAGCUGGCAUAGGAAUUGGUGCUUAUGACAUCUUGAGUAUUACAUUUAUUAUGUACACAUGUAGUUAUUUGGAGUACCUCAAUGAGACAUUGACUAAAGAAAUAGUCAAUCGCAGAGAUGAUCCAGCGAAGAUUGGGUCAUUCGAAAGGAAAUUGAAAAUAUGUUUCCGUCAGCAUCGGCAGAUACUGGAAGCUUUCGAAAGGAUACAAAUCAUUACGAGUUUUCCCAUGUUCAUACAGUGCUUUAACACAAUUAUCGCUCUCUGUUUGGUUUCUUUAGAGGCAUCCACAACGGAAAUAAACUCUAGUGUGGAAUGCGUCAUGAAAUUACUGAGUACUGCAGAAUAUUGGAGUGGUAUCAACAUCGAAUUAUUUUUCUACUGCUACUUUGGAACUAAAAUUCAAGAACUGGGAUCACGAUUGAGUGACGCAUUCUACUGCUGCAAUUGGGAGCUAAUUACUGGUGAUUACGAAAGUAAUAGACUUGGAAUAAAUAAAAUGGUGGUGCUCGGUAUAAUGCGCGCCCAGAGACCCAUGGAAAUGGCGGGUGGACCAUUUUACAUUCUGUCAUUAGAAACCUUCAGAGCUUUAAUCAGUCUGUCUCUCUCCAAUGCCAUAAUACUUCGACAACUCUCGAAUUGAAAUAACUACAGACAGUGCAAGUGUCCAGUAAAUCGUCGACGAUCCGCAGAUGACUCGCGCAGUCGGCGCGCGCGUGUCAUGACUAAACGACUGCGCUUUCAGGUCUUUCAAACAACAACUAGUAAUAACUAUAUCCGAAUGUAAUAAAUAAAUAAUUGAGAGACACGUAAUGGAUUUAUGAUGGAUUUUACUGAUUCCGUUUUAUUUAAUUUUAAAAAAAAAAUCGAGGAAAAUCCAAUGAAUCGUCUGUUUGUAAUCCAUUACUGCCGGUAAAUCGAGUAACUGACAAAGGGGAUUUGUGAAGUAGUGGGGGAUUAGUUGGGGAUGUGGGAGGGGGAAAUUGUAGAUGAGGUGCAGCUGUUCACCUACAACCGUAUAAGGAGGGCGCGCAAGUAUCAGGAGAACAGAACAACAGGAGUUGAACCAAUGACUUGCGUAGCUAUUCUGAUACCCUGAUACAACUACCACGUGUUCUGAUGAGGCAUUUCUGUCAAGAAAAUCCAUUCUCAGUGGUGGACUGCUAUCUUCUUCGCUGUCAUAUUAUCCUGGUGGGUACAAGACUGCUUUUGAAUGCACGUGGCUGAUGAACGUCAAUCAAACAUCCACACUAGCUUGUUAACGUUUCCUUCAUCGACUUCAAUGGCUUUC